GCUGAACGCUUAGAAGCAAGACGACGUUCACUUUCCUUCUUCAACAAUGUCGAUGUCAAGGAAGGGUGACAUUGGAGCAUCUGGCGCAAAGGGCGCUCUAUCUGCUGCUGCCAAGUUGCGCGAACAAGUUGCGCUGGACGCGACGGUGCAAAAUGAUCCAAAGUACAAGAAAUAUGCGCAGCAGGUUGAGAAAUGUCUUGCCAGCUUUGAGACGAUGCAUGAAUGGCCGGAUUUCAUUGCGUUCCUGAAACAGUUGCUUAAGACGCUUCAAUCAUAUACGCAGUUUAAGGAGAUACCCCGUAAACUCAUCGUAUCGAAACGCCUUUCGCAGUGUUUGAUUCCGGCUCUGCCAUCUGGAGUGCAUCAACGCGCACUAGAUGUUUACUCUCAUAUCCUUUCAGUGCUUGGUCCGGAUGGACUGAAGCGAGAUCUUCCACUGUGGUCGUCUGGCCUAUUCCCAUUCUUUGAAUAUGCCGCAACAAAUGUCAAGCCAGUACUUCUUGGUCUAUUUGAAAAGUAUUACGUGCCUUUGCAAGCCGAGCUUCGCCCAAUCAUGCGCGCAUUUAUCCUUGCGCUCCUUCCAGGCUUAGAGGAAGAGACAAGUGAAUCGUUUGAACAAGUCAUGGACUUGCUUGAUCAAUUAUCCAAGGCAGUAUCACCUGCUUUCUUUUUACAGAAUAUCUGGCUUGUUAUGUUGACGACACAAGUCCCGCGUGCAUAUUGUCUGACAUACCUCUCACGUCGGCUUCCACGAUUAGACGCGAAUAAAGAUAUUGCACCCAUUGUCGGACGCGAUAUCGGACUUAUGUUACGAGCAUUCGCCGCCGCACUAGGUGACGACAACUUACUAGUUCAGCGUGGUGCCCUCGACUUGCUUCUGACGUCACUGAGGCUGGAAGGCGCAGCACUAACAGCUGCUUCGGCUGCCGACCGAUCCCUAUUGAUGCGUGCCGCGACUGGGGUGGUGUUGCGACGUGAUCUCUCACUCAACCGCCGGCUCUUCGCGUGGCUCCUUGGACCAGACGAGAACGCCGAAAAGCAGGCUGAAUAUUUCCAAGCGUAUGCUCGCUCGCUGCUUGUGGAUACAUUGCGUGAUGAGAUGUUCCAUCCUUCCUCAGAGUAUUCUAUCACGCGGCCCUUCAAGAUAUAUAUCUCAUUACUUGACAAGUGGGAGAUUGGUUCUCCACUUACAGAGGUCUUGAUAUAUGACGUUCUGAAGUCGAUUAAGAGCUCUGUACAGAAUAGUACAGAUGGUGGGGAAGAAAUACUUGUAACAGCAAAUACCUUGUAUGAGGCCGUUGAGCCUCGCGCAAUAUGGAAGCAGCUGUUUAAAGCAGUCCGAAACGAAGUGUUGAACACGACGUCUGAAACGGAGUGCAUUGGGAUGCUGCUCUUUGUCCUGAAAACAUUCCGUAUGGAGGAUGACGAAGUACAGAAGUUACACCUUCCGCUUGUCUUUUGUGCACUCAUGGAGAAGCUUGAGCAACUUGCAAGGAAAGACCCGCAUCGAGUGACGUCUACUACUUUCAGAGCUGCUAUGGGUUUGCUUGAAGAGGUCGCAGAACACACCCCUGUAUCAGGAAUGACUAGUCCAUUGCAUCUCCCUGACUUCGCUUUUGGCGGAAGUUUCGAUGACGCAGCGUGCGCUUUCUACGGCGUCGCGUCAAAGGAAUCUACUGAGAAUGUCACCGGAGAAUCCGAAGGCGGUGCAGACUCGAGCCCAGUUACAGCCAAGGCUCGCCGACUUUCAUCCGCCGUACCUUUUGUUGCGUCCUUCGAACAUCUUUCUGAGCUGACGUCAACUUGUGUCCAUACAAGCACUGUAAAUGGAUCAAGUGGGGAAGAAAAGCAUUCAGGGCCUCGUUCAGAUGCGUUGCAUCUAGCCUUCGUACAAGGUGUCUCUCUGCUGCUGAAAUUGAUCACCUCGCUAGACGAAACAGCACACACCUCGGGUGCCUUCCCGCUAGCACUAACAUGGGAUGCUGAGCAAUGGCUCGACUGUAUAUCCAGACCCCUCAGUUUGCCAAGCUGUUCUUUCCAAGGCGCAGACAAAGUCGUUUCUCUUGCAAUCCGUCUACAUUCGACGCCCGUUCUAGAACCGACUCCGUCUCUCGAUGAUCGGCAAAGGUUAAUAGCAAUGAUGCACGCACUUAUGACCUACUUGCGACCCGAAACGACCCCAUAUCACGUUCGUGCCAUUCGACUGAUUUGGGAGCUGGAGCACGCGACGACGCACCAGCACCUUGAGUCAAUUAUUGCACGUUCGCUGGUGGCGGACAGCCCCAAAGAUGGUUAUAACGCAUAUGGAGCAUUUGGUGUGCUCUGGAGAUUGUCUGACGACAACCAACAACCUGGCAUACACUUCAAGAUCCCAAUGCUUAUCGUGCUGGAUAGCCUGAAGAGCGACGAUCCUGUCUUGCACCGUAUCGGCGAAACAUGGAUGCGAUGCAAUCUGAAGUCCUAUCCGCGUGUGUUGGAUCCUAUCCUGAUUGAGCUACUAGACCCAGCGAUCCAGCAGAGCGCAAACCUGAUAAUAGUUGGUGGACGGGAGAUCCGAGGCUUUGUUUACGACAAGGCUUUUGAUCAACAUCGUGUCGCUUACCUGCUUGAUGUGCUCUUGCAAAUCGCUAGAUAUGGAGGCCAAAAUUUCAACAGGAUAAUCUCGUCCACUUACGUGUCUCGUACAUCAUGUCCUCAACUACUUGAAGAGAUUUCAAGCCGCGGUCUUAAUCCCGCAAAUGUGACGUAUUCCGCUGUGCUAAUGGAAAUGUUGAUCCGCUUCUUGCAGACUGAACCGAAGACGUCAUUGUUGAAGUCGAUGCAGCGGAUGAAUACCGAAAUUCACUCCGUAGUCAUUGAUCUUUUACAAUGCGUAAUUUCUCGCGGUGAUCUUGAUCAACCCACGGUUGACACGCUGGAGUCAGCAAUAACAGCUAAACUAUUUGCAUUUGUCCACUUCGAGCACCUGGAGUUGCAAAACAAACUGCUACAUCUGUUGCACUCUGUCAUCUCUCUAUCGGCCGCGGCGACGGACAAGCAACGAACGAAGAGUCCGGCCAUGGCGUUGCGGGAUCUUACUGAUCCUAUAUCGGCUGAUGGUGAUGCAGUGGCACAACCGCCAGCAGGUUCCGUCUCUACCAAUGCCCUCUUCGUACAAAUGCUUGUCGAUGGUGUCUCCACUCCUAGUAACCGACCUUUGCUUCAUCACUGGCUUGAUUUCGUUCUGUUGACUGUCCCCCAAUUCCCACACAUUCUUGCUCCCGCUAUCUUUCCGCUGAAUGCCUGUGCAUGUCGACAAGUUCGAAGAGCACUAAGCGAGUUCGGAUCUGUCCUUUCUAUGUCUCAAGCACCUUCAAAAGAAGUUGUAUCUUGUGUGGAUGAUGCAGAAUUCGUCAUGCUUCUAAAUGCAUUGGAGAGGCUCAUUCUUCUCAGUUUGGACGAAAUGGACUCUAGUAUAACAGAAGAAGCAAAUUUACCUGAUAAGCCGACGUCAGACGGCACUGGGUUGUUUAGUAUGGUCUCGAACGUAUUCUUAGCGGAUUCGCCGAAUACGGCGGUUGAGACUAACAUGACAGCUCGUUCCCUGGCUUACCGCGCCCUUCACGAAGGUGUCAGAGUGCUUUACGAGACCUGGAAUCUUGUGUCGGACGCUGUGUCCGCAACUCACCCCGCGGUUGAAACGCUUGUCCACUUAUUUGCGAGGACAUCAAAUCGAUGCCGGAAAGUUCUGGAAAGGCUGUAUCGGGCACACGCAUUUGAGGUUAUAGAGUCGGUGAUCGAGUGUUGGCAUAUUGAUCAGGACAAGGACAAGCUUGGCCAAGUCGCUUUCGACAUUGUCGAUUUCUUAACGGCGAGCGCACAAAAUGUUGUUCACAUUGUAUGUGAGAGCAUUUCAUGGCGAAUAAACCCGACGGCGGGAGAACGCACCAGGAAACAAGUGCUGAACCCUGAACUGACGGAUGCCUUGCUGUUCACGUUCCUCGAAGAGUAUCUAUCGAAAUUAGAGAACCCAUUAGCUCUUCAAGUCUGGCCGCGAUAUCUGUCCUUGGCGAAAGAUGUUGCGGCUAAUGUGAAGGAAUUCCGAUCUCAGGUGUUCCCUGUCCUUCGAUGCAUGACAGUACUGGCCUUAAAGAUAACCCAGACGACUGCAAUUGAAGAUCGUAGGACAAAGAAAGAUAUUCAGGACACGUAUGGGAAAUUACUCGACGCAUGCGUUCUUUUGUCGGGGAAAUCUCUUGAUCAAGGUAUCUGGCCAAGGAGGACAAAGGAAAACCUGUCUUCUAUUAAUGGCAGCGGUGUACCACUCUCUCGUACACAAUCCGAGACGAAUCUGGCUGAAAAGCACAACGCUCCACCCUCUUCAGACGAAUCGGCACAGAAGUCACCAGUUCUAGACUUGACUGAUCGCAUAAACCAGUACUUAGCAGUCGACGUAUUACCGAACCUCCGUCGUUUCCUCAUUGAAAAUGACAAAAUCCUUGCGGCGUGCAACAAUAUCGUAUAUUACGUCCUAAACCCUGUGCUGAGGAGUCGUUCAAGCAGGAUAGCAGAUAUCGAUGACAUCUAUAUCACCAUAAUAGAGCAGAUGUCCAAGAUCCCUGCAGCCGUGAAGUCAUGGCGCAGCCCGGCUGUUGACAUCUUUAAUGACAACAAAUUCUUCUCAGUGGCGCCGCCCUCAGGUCUGAAGUGGCGAACUAUUGUGAAGACGUUGAUUGAUGCAGACAAAGCUGCCUUUGGUGAACUACUGGGCAAAAUUACUUCUACAUCGUCAGCAAAUAUCUUCACCAAUAGGGAAUAUGAGAUGCAGAUGAAGGCACAGAAUAUCCGAAGGCUGUCCUUCGUCCUUUUCGCUUCCGAAAAGAACCAUUUCCUCACGCAAUUGCCUGCCGUGCAAGAAAAAUUGGUUGAUCUUCUGCGCAGCAGUGGUGCACCUGUCGUAGAAAGCGAGGUGUUUCUCUGUAUUCGUGUGCUCAUCUGCCGUCUGUCUCCAUAUAAUUUGUCAAGUUUCUGGCCAGUACUCCUUUCCGAACUUAUUCGUAUCUUCUCACAAGUAAUGGCCGAAGCACCCUCGGAUGGUUCCGACGCGUUGCAAGCCGUUCUCGCUGCUUGCAAGCUUAUUGACUUGCUACUUGUCCUUCAGACCGAGGAAUUCCAAAUUCACCAAUGGAUGUUUAUCACGGACACAGUCGACGCGAUCUACCGCCCUGAUGAUUGGUUCCCAGAAGCGAUCAUGGAUCAGCUUUCCGAAAUGGUCGGCGACCUUCCUGCAACGGACCUGAGGCGUCCGUCGGGCUUUGCUUUACCGGAUGCAAUGUCGUCGAAUGGUGGUCGACAGCCCCUGCUUUCAUCAGUGAAGCAAAUAGACAGCAUCCGGGAUCUAGCGCCUUUCUUUGCGCAUCUGAGUAUUAUGUCCUAUGAAGGUGUUUAUGCAAGCGCCGGAGCGGUCGAUUGGGAAGCUGUCGAGUCAAGUUUGGUGACGGAUAUUUUUGACGGUCGAUGAGUUUGCUGCACAUCGCUUUUAAAUUAUCGCAUUCUCGUAAUAUUUGUUUCUGUUCACGACGUUCACGACCAUACCCUUCCCAGUCCGAGGAUCUGGCAUAUCUUUUUUCUUCGUAUAGUAUCAUAAUUAA